GAAAUUCAAAUUCCGAACUCAGUCGCUCGAACGCGGAGCUGUCAGCCAGAAGAGCGCGCGUAACUUUUUUUUCGACACUCGUAAGGUGUUUUUUAGUUUUAACCAUGAAGGUUUUCGUUGUUUUCGCCGUUCUCGCUCUGGCGUUCGCCGAAGAAAAGGAGGAGGAUAGACCGAAGACUUUCAGGCGGCUGAUCCCUGCUGAUGUUUUAAGAGACUUCCCCGGAAUGUGCUUCGCAUCGACCCGCUGCGCGACCGUCGAGCCUGGGAACACCUGGGACCUGGCGCCGUUCUGCGGCCGCAGCACCUGCGUCGUCAGCGAGGACACCCCCCCACGCCUGCUGGAGCUGGUCGAAGACUGUGGACCACUGCCAUUGGCUAACCCCAAAUGCAAGCUUGACACAGACAAGACCAACAAGACCGCCCCCUUCCCCGGCUGCUGUCCCAUCUUCACCUGCGAAGAGGGCGCCAAGCUGGAGUACCCCGAACUCCCCACCCCUGCCCCUGAGGAGGAAAAAGAGGAGAAAAAGGAGGAGGAGAAGCCCAAAGCUUAAACAAGAAACCACCAAUAUAAGUUACAUCGAACAUUCUCAUACUCAUACAAAAGCUGUAAAUCGAUGUAGAUCCAUUUAGAAGGACAAUCUAAAAUCAGAUCCGGGUCGAAGGACCAACUAAAUGUUACGCUUGUAAAUUCACCUAAGCGCCACUUGCACUGCACCAUUCACUAACCCGGGGUUAACCGGGUAAACCUGGAGAUACAAUGAUUACCAGUACAAUUUGACACUGGGUUAACGGUUUAACCGGUUAACUCUGGAUUAGUAGGAUGGUGCAAGUAGCGCUAAAAGAUUUCAGGAAAGAAAACCUUAUAGUCUUUUCAGGGUUUCAUUUCGGUUUUCAAAAAUCGACACUAUAGAAUUUAUAAGCGCAACGAAGUAAUGAUCUGGAUCGAAGGACCAGCAUUAAAAGACUUGUACAUUCGCUAUAACUUUUUUAAGCGGUAUAAAGUCUGUACAAGUCCUGUUCUGGAUAUCCGGUUCAGAAGGACCAUUAAAACAUUAAAGCAGCGUUUUAUGCUGUUGGAUAAAAAUAGGGACAGCUAUACUUAAAAAGGAAACAGAAACAUGGCCACCGUGACACGUACGCAAUCGGAUAUAGGCGCACGUAAUAUUAUUAUGACGCGUUGCUUAAAUUUCACGCCAAAAAAAUUACGACGCUGGUCGUUGUGACUUAUAAAACUGGUAAUGUUAUCUUUGGUUUCUAAAGAUGUAAUAGUAGCGUUAAAAAUGAAAGUGAUAUUUUAAUUUUGCUGUUAGACCUAUUCACGGAUGACUUAUGCCUAGAUAUUUUGAAGAAACGUGACGGUGUUAAAAUAAAAUUUCACUUUCAUUACUCCUGAGUAUUCUUAAUCGCUUAGCGAAAAAUUGGUCUCAAAAUCCUAUACCAAAUUUGUAAUUGUAUGUUUUUAUACGGCUGAGUCAAAAUGCAAAACCUAAAAAAUUGGAAAACGUGUUUUAAACAAUGUGUUGCCAAAUAACUCAAUUGUGUUCCAUUGUUAAAGGCUCAAUGUAUGAUGAAUCAUGAACGAACUGUUCAUUGAAAUUUGUUGAGCAAUAAUAGGGACAAUGGAGUAAUCUACUUCCUAUUUCCUGCCUUUUCUGUGUAAAUCAUGAUAAGUUUAACGAAUCGUUCAAUGUACCCAAUUUUUUUAUCGUCAAUCAGCACGAGAUUUUUUUAUUGUGGAAUUUUUAGAAUUUUUUUUAUUUGAAUACCUGAUUAAGAAUAGUUUGUGAUAUUGACAAAAAAAAGUUAUUCAAUAAAAAAUAUAAAAUUUCUAAA